CGUUUUGACUCAGAACUGACUGAAUUGAUUUGUUUCAACACACGGACUCGUGCUCACUCUGACAGAGGGCACAACAACAACGCAAUCAUGGAUAAGGCCAAACAGGCAGUAGAUGUUGUCGCCGAUGGCGUGAAGAAAUUGACCACGGACGAAAAGAAACCAAAAGCAAAGAAGGAAAAAGGAGGGGAUGGUGGGGCAGAUAAUACUCCUCUGGAGAUGAACCCGGCUCCACAAUUCUUGGAAGAACGUCUGAAAUUAUUCCAGAAGCUGAAGGUGAAAUUCGAUGCCGAAAUAGCUGCCAAACCUCGUGAACAGAUCACCAUUACCCUCGCAGAUGGCAGCAUUAAGUCAGGUACAUCGUGGGAGACCACACCUGCAGAAAUUGCAAAGGGUAUCUCCAACAGUCUGCUCAAACGUACGGUCGUUGCGAGACUCAAUGGUGACAACGAACAACUCUGGGAUUUGGAGCGACCUUUGGAGGCAAGCUGCAAGCUGGAACUACUUUCGUUCGACGAUGAGGAGGGGAAGAAGGUGUUCUGGCACUCGAGUGCGCACAUACUUGGUGAAGCUUCCGAGAGAAGAUUCGGAUGCAGUCUCUGCAUAGGACCACCAAUUGAGAAUGGUUUCUACUACGAGAUGGCGCUGCCAGACGGUGCACCUGUUCAGCAAGCGGAUUGGCAACCUCUGGAAACUUUGGUCUCGAAGAUCGUCAAGGAAAAGCAACCUUUCGAGCGACUGGUCUUGUCGAAGGAGGACCUCUUGGAGAUGUUCUCGUACAACAAGUACAAGCAGCACAUCAUCAAGGACAAGAUUCCCGAUGGCACGUCUACUACGGUCUACCGAAACGGUCCUCUCAUUGAUUUGUGCCGUGGUCCACACGUACCAAACACUGGCAGAAUUGAGACCUUUGCUAUCAUGAAGAACUCUGCGUCUUACUUCCUGGGAAACAAGGACAAUGACUCUCUUCAGCGCAUCUAUGGUGUCUCUUUCCCAGACAAGAAGCAAAUGGCCGAGCACAAGAAGUUCUUGGAGGAGGCUGCGAAGCGAGAUCAUAGAAAGAUUGGCCGAGACCAAGAACUUUUCUUCUUCCAUGACCUUUCGCCAGGAUCCGCUAUGUGGCUUCCCCAUGGUACCCGAAUCUACAAUACCAUCCAGGCAUUCCUACGGGAAGAGUAUUGGAAGCGUGGAUAUAGCGAGGUUAUCUCACCCAAUAUGUACAACGCAGAGCUAUGGAAGACCUCCGGUCACUGGGACUAUUACAAGGAUGAUAUGUUCACCUUUGGUGUUGAGAAGGAUACUUUCGCAUUGAAGCCAAUGAAUUGCCCGGGCCAUUGUCUCAUGUUCGCUCAUCGUGAGAGAAGUCACAGGGAAUUGCCAUGGAGAGUUGCUGAUUUUGGUGUUCUGCAUCGGAAUGAAGCUUCUGGGGCUCUUUCAGGAUUGACCCGUGUACGAAGAUUCCAGCAAGAUGAUGCUCAUAUCUUCGUUCGUGAGGAUCAAAUUAAGGAUGAGAUUACAGAUUUGUUCGACUUUCUCAACACAGUGUACGGCUUGCUCGGGUUUACAUUCAAGAUGAAGCUCUCUACGAGACCAGAGAAGUUCAUGGGUGCGAAGGAGACAUGGGAUAUGGCCGAGGCCAAGCUAAGUGCCGCACUGGAUGAGUUUAUUCCUGGAGGUUGGGAGCUCAACGAGGGUGAUGGUGCUUUCUACGGCCCAAAGAUUGAUAUCACCAUCUCCGAUUGCUUGAAGCGAGACUGGCAAUGUGCCACAAUCCAACUCGAUUUCCAGCUUCCCCAGAACUUUGGUCUUGAGUAUAUGACAUCUGAGCAACCCCCUAAGGAGAGUGAGGAAGCGGCAAAAGCCAAAGAGGAAGAGGCGAAGAAGAAGGCAGAAGAGGCGAAGAGAAAGGCCGAAGAUGGAAAAAAGAAGGCCGAGCCUAUCGAUCCCAAUGCAAAGAAAGAGAGAGUCAUCAAGCCUCUCACUCCUGGCUGCGCACGACCCGUCAUGAUUCACCGAGCCAUUGCAGGCAGUAUCGAGCGGUUCACGGCCAUCUUGACUGAGCACUUUGCUGGAAAGUGGCCCUUCUGGCUGAGCCCUCGACAAAUCCUUGUUAUCCCCGUCGGUGUCGGUUUCUAUGAUUACGCCAAGGAAGUUCAGAGCAUCUUCAAGGCAGAGCAUAUGUACAUUGAUGUCGAUGUUGGCCCAAACACCCUGCAAAAGAAGAUUCGCACGGGUCAGUUGGCACAAUACAACUUUAUUUUUGUGGUUGGAGAUCAAGAGAUGAAAGGCAGAGAAGUCAACGUCCGAAAUCGUGACGAUACUUCCAGUCAAGAUCGAGGCAAGCCGGUGCCACUCACGGAGGCUAUCACCAAGUUGAAGGCAUUGCGUGACGAGCGAAGAUCGGAUAACCCAUUCCCAGGAGAAGCGAAGGUCGAGACACAGUCGAAAGCUUGAGGUGAGGGAACGGCGGAGUGCUAAAGAGCUAAUCACGUCUUACAAUCUUGUAUGGGAUCUGUAGGACUUCCAAAUUCAAAAGUUGAGACACCAGACUUGUAUGGGGAGAAGAAGAGAAAAAUCGUCCAUAUUGGUUGACUCUACCAAUAGCUAAGACAUAAAUGAAGACAAAGAAGAAUACCAGCCUGUCUACAGCACAAAGCGAGAGUGUACAGUAGCAGAUCA